UAGAAGAAUAUAUAAAUGCUUAUCAUUGCAUAUGGAACUGUAUUUGGAAUCGAGAAGAGAACAAGGAACAUCAUGUCCAAAAUUCUAAUCUUCAUCGCAUUGGCUCUACUUGCUGUCAUUAGCUCAGUAACUGCCUUGCACCCGCCAUUUGUUCCUCACACAACUUAUUAUUGCAAUAACCAACCGUUCAAUAUUUACAGCAGCAUAUGCUGUAGUUCACAGGUGACAUCUAUAACUGGUUUUAAACGGCCUGCGUGUUGCGGAAAUGUAGCAUUUGACAGAGAUGCCAGUAUAUGUUGCGGUGGUACAGUCACUGCAAAAUCAGCAACAGUAAAUGGAUGUUGCGGUGCGACAGCUAUAGAUUUAUCCCUUAAAGACUGUUGUUCCGGUAAAGUGAUUGACAGACUAACAAAAAUAUGUUGUGGUGCAACAGAAACUGCUAGAACAUCAAUAUAUGAUGUUUGUUGCGGGACAGUUAAAAUGGAUAAGACCAAGAAUCUUUGCUGCGGUGGUGUUGUAAAAGCUAUAGCAACUACUUUUCCAACGGGAAAUAAUAUCGUACCAAGCACGUAUGCUUGUUGUGCAGAUGCAAUUUUCGAAACACGUACUCACUACUGUUUUUACGGACAAAUAUAUCCGCGAACCAAUAGGGUGCCAUGGUGGUAGAUGCCUCAAGAUGAUCACCUUCUCCCUCAUUGGUAAUUUACAUGAAGAAAUAAAUUUCAUUGGCAUGUAAGAAUUAA